AUGCGGUGGCCACAGAUACACUGUCUUGAACGGUUUGUCCUGAAUACCACCGACACCAAAACCGACGAUGACGACAACGGCAGCGUCGUCUACACCUCCAACCUCACACGGCUCGUGCGUUUCAAUUACGUCGCUGUCCUGGCCGUCGACCCGGUUGCCACCGCCGAGACGGUCGCGGCUGUGGGUAUGCCACCAGUCGUGUCAUCGCCCCUCUGCAGUCCCGUUCUCACAACGACCAGAGCACACUCAUAUCAGAGUCUCCAGCUCGCUCUCGCUCGUCAACGCCGUCAAGGGGCGCUAUUGGGAGUUGCGCAGCAUUUGCCUGGGCUACAAUUACCACGAUACUGCACCGACGAUGCCUGGGCCGCGUCUGGUCUGGUUGGUCUCGUGGGCGAGGUUGUUGUGCAGUCGUGGCGGAGCGUGCGUUUGCAUUCGUGA